AUGUUCCUAAGGCACUGCAAAUCCGAAUCACCAUUCACCUCCAUUCUUCCUUCAAAUGCCACCCUCCGCCGCCUCUUCAGCUUCAAUCCAAACGACGACGUACGCAGAGUCUACACUCUCCUCACAACCACCUCUUCCCCCGAAGACCUCAAACAAUCCCUAAUAUCCUCCGGAAUUUUCCUCUCAAAUGAAUUAAUCGAUCAAGUCCUCAAAAGGGUUCGCUUUGGCCACGCAAACCCCUCUCAAACCCUCGAAUUUUUCCGUUACACCGGAAGAAGAAAAGGGUUUUACCACACCGCUUUUUCCUUCGACACAAUGCUCUAUAUCCUCGGUAGAAGCCGUAUGUUCGAUAACGUUUGGGAUGUUCUAAUCGAAACGAAGCGAAAAGAUCAAACUGUUAUAACCCCUCGAACUGUUAUGAUUGUUUUGGGUAGAGUUGCUAAAGUUUGCUCCGUUAGACAAACUGUUGAAUCGUUUAGAAAGUUCAAGAAGAUUGUUCCGGAUUACGGUACUAAUUGUUUCAAUGCAUUGUUGAGAACGCUAUGUCAAGAGAAAAGUAUGACGGAUGCCAGAAAUGUUUAUCAUAGUUUGAAGCAUAGUUUUCGCCCAAAUUUACAAACUUUUAACAUUCUUCUUUCUGGGUGGAAGACUUCUGAAGAUGCUGAAUUGUUUCUCACUGAGAUGAAGGAAAUGGGGGUUACACCAGAUGUUGUUACGUAUAAUAGUUUGGUGGAUGUUUACUGUAAAGGGAGGGAAAUUGAGAAGGCCUAUAAGGUGCUUGAUGAAAUGCGUGAGCGGGAUUUGUCGCCGGAUGUGAUUACCUAUACUAGUAUUAUUGGUGGGUUGGGGUUGAUUGGUCAGCCGGAUAAAGGUAGAGAUGUUUUGAAGGAAAUGAAGGAGUAUGGUGUUUACCCUGAUGUUCCGGCGUAUAAUGCUGCAAUUAGGAACUUUUGCAUUGCAAAGAGGCUUGGUAAUGCUUAUGAAUUGGUGGAUGAGAUGACGAAGAAAGGUUUGAGUCCUAAUGCAACUACGUAUAACUUGUUCUUUCGGGUUUUUUACUGGUCUAAUGAUUUAGAGAGUUCGUGGAACUUAUACAAGAGGAUGAUGGUUGAAGGAUGCCAUCCGAAUACGCAGUCUUGUAUGUUCUUGAUAAGGUUGUUUAAGAGACAUGAAAAGGUGGAGAUGGCAUUGCAGUUAUGGGGUGACAUGGUGGAGAAGGGUUUUGGGUCGUGUACCUUGGUUUCUGAUGUGCUGUUUGACAUGCUUUGUGAUAUGGGGAAGUUGUUGGAGGCAGAGAAAUGUUUCUUGGAAAUGAUUGAGAAGGGGCAAAAGCCAAGCAAUGUUUCAUUUAAGAGAAUCAAGGUUCUUAUGGAGUUAGCAAAUAGACAUGAGGCCAUUCAGAAUUUGACAGAGAAAAUGGGCGUGUUUGGGCGACCAACACAAGUUCGCGAAAGAGUUAUGAAACCAUUAGCGGAAAUUGGGGGAUUGGACAACUAA